AUGAGAGCAGCGGCAGCCUGCCCCGCAGCAGCAGCAAAGAGCAGCAGCGGCACCAGCAGCGGCAGCAAGGAGCAGCAGCAGCAGCAAAGAGCAGCAGCAGCAACAGCGGCAAAACGCAGCUGGAGCACAGUAGAGCAACGGAGGCGCAGAGCAGCAGCAGCAAAGCGCAGCAGCAACAACGAACAGCAACAACAACGAGCAGCAGCAGCACAAAGCAGCAGCAAACAGCACCAACAGCUGCAGCAGCAAGCCGCAGCAGCAGCAACAGCAGCAGCAGCAGCAGCAGCCCUCAUUCCUGCUGCAUCCCAGCAAACUACCCAGCUAGCUAGCAGCUAG